GACGGACGUAUUUGUCUGUACCUCAAAAGCACGUAUCACAAGGUUUGACAGGCGUUAUAAUAAUGUUUGUUUAUUUAAUGAGUGCUCAGUGAUUAUUUAUUGAAGGCAGUGAGUGACUUGUGAUGGACCAGUGUGGAUUUUACUGAAGAGGAUGUUUGUUUUAUACGUAAUAUUCAGCUUGCUACUAAUAAAAGAAUCUUUAUUACUAAGAAUAGUGCAGGUAACGGUCCCUUCCUACCGAAUAAGAGGCCAACCAGCACAGUUGGAAUGCGACUACGAGUUAGGCGGCGAUACGCUCUACUCAGUGAAAUGGUACAGAGAUAACGAAGAGUUUUAUCGGUACAUGCCGAAAUACGACCCUCCUAAACACUCUUACAAACUUGAAGGUGUAAAAGUCGAGCUGUCAAAAUCAGAUGACAGAAGAGUGAUGCUGCACCCGGUUACAUUAAAAUCUUCAGGUCAAUACCGGUGUGAGGUAUCCGCAGAGGCACCUAGUUUUGCUUCAGCAGCUGGCGAAGGCAAAAUGGAAGUAAUUUAUCUACCACGGGAAGGACCUAGAAUAACAGGCAACGAGCAAGAGAAUAGACGGGGAGAUUCUUUAUUUCUUAACUGUACUUCCGGACGGUCGUAUCCCGCAGCCAUUUUAAGUUGGGACAUUGAUGGUGAGAAGGUCAUUGACUCAGAACUGCUAGUGGAGUAUCCACCAAUGCAGCACUCACACGGACUUCUCUCAUCAGCUCUUGGCCUUAGAGUGCCAUCUGGUCGUACAAUGCAAGUGCGUUGUACUGCGAGAGUCGCUCCCGCAUGGCGAGAGGGAAGUGAAGCUAUUGUAGGCAACAGUCAGCUUGCAGACAGCAAAGAAGCUAUGUUAUUAGUGCGGAGCUCGAGCGCGGUGCCCAAAAUAGGUAUAAUGUUAUUAACACUUUCACUCCUCCAACAUUUUCACUCGUUAACGCCAACAAUUACGUGAUAAUUAACUAUUUAUUGGUUAAUUAUUUUUCAAAAUAGAAAUUUUAUUUUCUCUUCUCGUACAUACAAAGAAAUUUUGCAAAACAGUUUUUGUUUGUCAUAUGCCAUGUACUUUUAAAUUCUCUUGUCAUAUGGGGGACUAUUUUAUAAGAUAUUGGACAAGUUACACUGAAUGGACUUUGCAUUCAUACGGUUACUAUUACUUUAAAAUUUAAGGCUAAAGAAGUAUUUUCAUAUUAUUUGAGUAGCCCUAAUUGAUAAUUAGGCGGUUUUUUAUAUGCGUGAUCACAAUUUAGUCUAUUAAUAAAAUAUAUAAAUUAUUGAAUAUUACUUUUAGACUAGGUUGUGAUUUGGUGGUCAAGAAUAGGCAUAUCAACCGUAAUUAAUUUUAAAAUUAUUUUAAUUAAAAAAUUUAAAUUACAUAUCAUUCACAUACAGUUACAUGAUAAAUUAGAUUAGGACAGUUUGGAGAUGUUUCAAAUGUUACGUACGGAACCCGAUCGGAUGUCCCCGUCAUGACAAGCAGAGAGCACCAUGGGAUCUGCAUUAACUUGAGCGCUAUAUAACUUGCAGUAAUAACGAUAAAAUUGCAUUAAGCAAGAAAAAGAUGGUAUGACGGAAUGAGGUGUGGAGCGGGGCUGGGCAGGUUGUAACCAAUUUUCUAUAAAUCGGGUUAAUGAAGGCAAGAGGGAAAACAUUGGUUUCAAUACCACUCUAACCCCCUUCACGUCACACUUUGUUGGACCAACCUUGAAGAAUCCGUCAAACCG